CAGUCAACAGUUUCUGCUACCCAUCACUCUCCUCCGUCUGGCACCUCCCCAUUUUGAAUACCUCUCACGUCUCACCCCCACAAAAAAAAAAAAAAAAGUUCUGACAAUUUUGAUUUGAUCAUCUUCUCCACGAGAUUACCCUUGAUUUGAUUAACGCGGCUUUGCCUUUUCUUACCUCUUGGUCAAAUCAUCAUAUCCCAUAAUCAUCGUCGGAUAUCCCUGAUCAAGAAUGGAAUCGCCCCAUUGUCUUUUGGGUCUCUGAUUAUAUCAUCAUCAUCAUCGUCAGUUUCCUGUGUCUUCUUCGUCUUCAUCUACUCUUCUUCCCUCAUUCAGCCCCUUUUUGUCGGAUACAGCUUUGGAGCAGAAUUUCGGAUUGGAAAUGGGAGGGGUUUGCUCGGGAGGGACGCCGAAUCAGAAGCGGGAGAAGGGAGCUGUCUCCAGGUCAGCACAGAGCUUUCAGAAGCCUUCUAAAGAGGCUUCUCCCGCUUCGGAGUCGAAAGGGAGUGAUUACAGGAAGACCCCGCCGAAAUUCGAUUCGGGAGAGCUCCGGCACCUAUCUUUCUCUCGGGAAUUGAAGCCCUCGAAGCCUUCUACACCGACCCGGAAGGGGUCCGGCAAGGUCUCAGGAAAGGGCUCGUUCCUUGGAAGAGCUGGGACUGUGAGUUUGGACAGGGCAGUAGAUGUCCUAGACACACUGGGAAGCAGCGUUUCAAAUCUGAAUGUGAGUGGAGGGUUUGGAUCGGGGAUAUCUUCGAGGGGAAGUAGAAUCUCGAUUUUGGCCUUUGAGGUGGCCAAUACUAUAGUCAAAGGCGCAAACUUGCUGCAGUCUCUCUCGGAGGAGAACAUCCAGGUCUUGAAGAAGGAGAUUCUACAAUCUGAAGGAGUUCAGCUUUUAGUAUCCACAGAUAUGAAAGCGCUACUGACUCUCGCCGCUUUAGACAAAAGGGAGGAGCUUGAUAUUUUCUCUCGAGAAGUGAUCAGAUUUGGCGAUUUGUGCAAAGACCCACAAUGGCACAACUUGGGUAGAUUCUUUACAAGAUUAGACUAUGAGGACAUGGGACAAAAGCAACUGCGUGCAGAAGCUGACGCUACAAUGCUAGAACUUAGCACUCUCGCUCAGCACACCUCGGAACUGUACCAUGAAUUGCACGCCUUGGACAGGUUCGAACAGGAUUAUAAGCAAAAGCUCGAGGAAGCAGAAUCUCUGAAUCUUCCUCGAAAAGGAGAGUGUCUAACGAUGCUGCUUAGUGUAGUGAAGCAGCAGAGAAAGCUCGUGCGGGACUUGAAGAAGAAGUCUCUCUGGUCUCAGAAUUUGGAGGAGAUAGUGGAGAAACUUGUCGAUAUUGUUACCUAUAUACAUCAAGAAAUCUCAGAUGUUUUCCAGGACAGUGGCGCAAAAAUUGCAGGCAGCAAUUCCAAGGGACAAAUUUGCGUUCCUCAGAGGUUGGGUGUGAUGGGUCUCUCAUUACACUAUGCCAAUGUAAUCAAUCUGAUAGAUACAAUAGCUUCUCGGCCUGCUUACCUUCCUCCUAAUACGAGGGAUACUUUAUAUCACGGGUUGCCACCGAAUGUCAAGAAUGCUCUCCGCAGCUCUUUACAAACUAAUAAAUCUCGGGAAGAGCUCUCCAUGGCUAAGGUGAAGGCCGAGAUGGAAAAGACUCUCGAAUGGCUUGUUCCCGUUGCAACGAAUACAAUCAAAGCACAUCAAGGUUUCGGGUGGGUUGGAGAAUGGGCCAACUCAGGUACCGAGUUCGGGAAAAGCAAUCCUGCGAGCACUAAUGUAAUCCGCCUCCAGACACUCUAUCACGCUGACAAGCAGAAAGCUGACCGAUAUAUCCUCGAACUGGUGACUUGGCUGCAUUGUCUGUUCAACUUAGUAAGACACCGGGACGAUAACGUCAUCAAGCCUUUCCCUGCCAAUCAGAACUCAAUUACAAGCAUGCGUUUGAGAUUCCACUCCGAUGCACUACCCACACCAGAUGUGAUCAUUAAGGCAAAGGGGACUGAGCUAUCUGAAGAAGAUCGCGAGAUGCUAAACCGAGCUUGCCGAAGGAAAUUGGUGCCAGGAAUUAGCAAGAGUCAAGAGUUCCCCAGGGAUAACAGGACGAGGAGUAGAGUUUUUGCAAUCAGCAGGAGCAUGGGGAGCUCGCCGAAUCGGGAAUUCGACACGAGGCGGGGCUCACCGUACCAGGAGAUCAAUGUUCUGGAUGGGCUAGACCCGAAUACAGUAUGAAUAUGCUUGAUAUUUUUUAUACGAUUGCUGAGCUAUUCGUAAUUUUGUUAUACAGAUGAUGAAUAGAUGCGUUUACACUCGUACGAGAUGGUAUAGCACUAUAGUGGGGAGAGGAUUUGAAUUCUUGCUAUAUAUGCUGUAUAUAUGAAUGUAUAGAUGCGAGAGGUUACAUUACAUCUGAUGGCAUGAGCAGAUAAAAUCUGUUCUUGAAAUUUUCUUCUGUUUUCCUCCGUUUCCGGAGACGCAGAAACAUUUGGCCGAGGGCAACUGGGUGUUUUAUUGACGAGUUUGUCACAUUUGUUGGCUCUCUUGUUCUCACGUUGGAACAUGGAAAUAAUAGAAGUGGAAGCGUUUUCAAUUGUA